UAACAGUUUCUAGCUUUCAUUCCUCAUUUUACACUAGGCUAACUGUAGUAUCGUGAUUUUCUUUGUCUGUGUUAGAGGAUCCGGUUCCGUCACGGUGGGCCGUUAGAGCUGUCUGCCAAAGUCAUACUUCGCACUCACGACACAACUCGAUCCCCACUUCGUCCACCAGCAGAAGGAGCGGCAUCGCUGGCCUGCCGCCUCGAGGAGCCCCGCCGUCAUGGGCCCCAAGGACCCUUCGCCGGCGCCGAGCGCACGAACGGUCUCCGUUGCUGAGAACCACGGGCGGAGCGCCGUACGGGAUGGUGCGGCUGAACCACGGGUCGAGAUCCCGUCUUUGCCCGGCGCGCCGGCGCCCUCGGAGGACGUGCUCCUCCGCCUCCCCGGCGCGCAGCUCCACCUCAUCGAUCGCCGACGCAGCCUCCCGCUCGCCGCCGGCGACCUCUAUCUGCUCCGCAUCCGCGCCGGCGACACGUCCCUCGCCGCCAUCGCGCGGCUCGGCCCCAUCCAGUGGCCGCUCGCCCGCGACGUCGCCGCCGUCAAGCUCGACCCCCGCCACUACUCCUUCUCCCUCGCCGUCCCCGCCUCCCCCGACGACCCGCUCCACUACGGCCUCACGCUCUCCAACCCCGACCCGCGCCUCGACGGCGUCCUCGCCACCUACACCAGGUUCUCGGCCCAUUCUGUUGCCGGCAGCGAGGGGCUCGCCCACAGGGUGCGCGGCGAGGUGGAGGCGGCCGCGUACUGGACGACCGUGGCGCCGAACGUCAAGGAGUACGGUGGCACCGUGGCGAAGGCGAUCGCGAUGGGCGCCGACAACCUGGCCAAGGGGAUACUGUGGUGCGGCGAGAUGACGGUGGAGAGGCUCCGGUGGGGGAACGAGGUGCUCAGGAAGAGGAUCCAGCCCGGUGAUGCUGAGGCCGAGGUCAGCCCGGAGAUGCUCAAACGGAUCAAAAUGGUUAAGAAGGUGACAAAAAUGUCUGAGAAAGUGGCUGCUGGAAUACUGUCUGGAGUCGCGAAGGUUACUGGCUAUUUUACAGGUUCAUUAGCUAACUCAGAAGCUGGCAAGAAGUUUUUCAACCUAUUGCCUGGAGAGAUUGUUCUUGCUUCGCUUGAUGGAUUUGGUACGGAGAGAAAGCCGCUGCUGCGACGAAUGAAGGGCUCGAUGCAGCCGGCCACGCCCUAGGCACGGCGUGGGCUGUGUUCAAGAUCGGCCAGGCCAUGAACCCAAAGAGACUCCUGAAACCCAGGUCGCUCGCCAUAUCCACCGUCCGGUCUCUGCUGUCGAAACUGUAGCCACCACACCCCCUGGCCCCUUGAAUGGAUUGAAUCGCCGGUCCAUCGUACCCUCUUCUCGGGGUUCGCCUAGUUUCUACCGCCGCCACGAUCAGCCCAGCCGGCCUUGCUCCACCAUUACAAUCUACUAGUGGUUGGGGCGUGCCAUUGG